AUGCAAGAUUCUUUCGCUCAGAAGAAGCAAAGUAUACUUAAAGAGAUAUCAAUAAAUGGACCUGAAAACUUGGAUGCGUCUCCAAAAGGAACUAUAGACGAACAUUGCAUACCAAUAAUCAAUUUGAUCAAUUCACACCGUGAUAUGGUAACUACAUCAUCAUGCUCAGGACGAGUUUCAGUAUACUUGGAAGGCACUCAGAAUAAGCUCGUACUGAAAGGUAAUGAAGGAAAAUGGAUCUUUGUCACUCACGAUACUUCAAACCUUGAGAAUUGGUACAAAUCGAUAGAUUUCCAGUACGUGCAUGAAUACCCUACAUCAUCAUAUGACGCCAGAUCGAUAUUGUACAAAUUUGAAGCUCUAAUAUUGCACGUCAAAUGUCGAGACCAAGCUACAGCUAACAAGUUGUAUUCCGUUGCCAUGAAUUGUGGGUUUAGAGAAAGUGGAAUAGGAAGUAAUUACAAUGUUGCAAUCAGAACUUCAAUAAAAUUGGAUGUACCAGUUGGAUACUUGGGAGAUGGUGAUAUUUAUCGAUGUUUCGUCACUGAAGAUUAUUUGAAGUAUAUCACCAAUGUGUCAUUUGAUAGAUUUAGAGAAAAUUUCAAGAAAUUGGACCAGUUAUACCUAGCAAUUGAAAAGGGUAUCAUUAAUCUGGAGAAAAAAUCUUUAGGUGAUGAAGCCGAUGACUCAAAUCAUAAGAGUGAAAAGGGAAAGGAAUGGGAAAGUAUUGAAGAAAGACGAGCUAGAAUGAAACAAGAAGGUUUGAAAAGAAAAGAAGAAUUGAGAAAAGCUAAAGAAGCUACUCUUUAA